CGUCGCGACUUGACUGUAUUAAUUUAAACAAUUUAAGUUAUUUUCGGCUGAUUGUGGCGCUUAAUGGUGUAAACGUUUUUAAAUGUGCUGCAAACAGAAUGCGCAAUGAGCACAACAUGCACACGCUCUUUGUAUUUGAUUAGGCACAUACUUGGGCCUUCAGCUCUUGCUCGAUUUCUCGACAUUGCUCUGCAUUAACAGAAUUUACGCAAUGGACAUGCAAGCUGGACGCACUGUGCCCGACGGCGGCUGGGGCUGGGUUGUGGUCGCCGCUGUGGCUGUUAUUAAUAUGACCAAUCAGUCCAUAUUGUCGGUGUUUGGACUGCUUUUUGAGAGCCAACUGCGCAUGCAUGAGGACACAUUCACCGCCGCACUUAUAACCAAUUUGAAUAGCUUGGCCUUGAACUUCUCGGGCUUGUUUAUUGGACCGGCCAUCAAGAGUUUUAAGCCACGCAAUGUCGCUGCGACUGGCUGCCUGUUGGUGUCCCUGGGCUUGACUCUUUGCUCGUUUGCCACGCAGAGCUGGCACUUUAUAGUUGGCUACAGCUUGUUUGUCGGCUUUGGAUUGGGCUUGAUUUCACCAUCCACUUUUAUGGCCAUUAAUUCCUACUUCAGUAGCAAACGCGGACGCGCCGUUGGUGUCUCUUUGGCGGGCGCUGGCGUGGGUCAAGUCUUUAUUCCUCAUAUGGUGCGUUAUUUCCUGGAUAACUAUGGCUUUCGUGGUGCUGUGCUCGCUAUGGCCGCUCUAUCGUUGACCGGGCUGUUCGGUGCCAUGUUUCUCAGACCGCUCAAUCCACCUGCCAAACAUAACAAUCGCAAGCAUCUGAAGCUGACGUUGGAUAAGGAGGACAAGAAUCAAUCCUGUGCCCUGCAGGCAAUCGUUGUACAGCCUGCCCAGAAUAAUGGCACGGCAAAAUCCACGGAAUUGCCAGAGGACAUGUCGGUGUGCAGCAGAAUGGGCCAUCGCUUGGCGCAGGCCAUGGACUUGGAGCUACUUAAGGACGCCGUAUUCUGGAGCAUUAUUGUGGGCAUGGCACUGGUCUAUACGGCCACAAUUAACUUCACGAUGGUCUUCCCCAACUUCCUAAAGCACACAGCUGGCUUCGACAGCAAAGUGGUCGCCACAUGCAUGUCGGUUGUGGCUGGUGCCGACAUUGUCUUCCGCCUGCUGCUGCCCUGCAUUACUGAUCGACUGAGAAUACCCUAUCGUGUAGUGUUCUUACUGGGCACAGCGGGUUUGCUGAUUGCUCGCCUUCUGCUGGCUGAAACGACCAGUUUUCCCACGAUUAUUGCCAUGUCCGUGCAAAUAGGCAUGACCAAAUCGGCUACCGUGAUUAACAAUAAUCUAACAAUAUCGGCGUAUUGUCGUUCCGAGAAGCUGGCCGGUGGUCUAGGUCUUAGCAUGAUAUCAAAGGGUAUAAUUGUAAUAAUAGUUGGUCAGCUACUUGGCUGGGUACGCGAUUAUUCCAAUUCGUAUGUCGUCUGCUUGUAUGCACAGAGUGUGGUGCUGUUUCUGGUCGUGGUAGUGUGGACCCCAGAGAUAUAUUAUCGCUAUAGAAUGCAGAAACGAAACUUGACCAAGUCUAUGGAGACUACUUAUAUGUCACCGGAACAGGCGGAACCGUUGACGUUGCGCUCAUAAGCAAGCCAGAGAUAUAUUAUCGCUACAGAAUGGAGAAACGCGACUUGUCCAAGUCUAUGGAGACUACUCACAUGUCACCGAAACUGGCGGAACCAUUGAAUUUGUGCUCAUUAGCACGAAAAUUUGUAUUAGUGGACAUAAUUAUAAUAAUGUGAUAAUUAUGCGUUGUGACCAAAUGCGCUAGAUUUAAGUUUAACUUAUUUAUUAUCAUCCAGUGUUUAAGAACAUAACUUUUGUACUGCCGUAACGAAAUGAUAUACAAAAAACUACUUUUAAUAUGAA